CGGCAUUGUGGGGGUGACUUGUGUCUUCCCCAUCGACCUGGCAAAGACCAGGUUACAGAACCAGAGGCAAGGUCAGCAGGUCUACAAGAGCAUGAUGGACUGCCUUGUCAAGACAGUUCGAUCAGACGGCUACUUUGGCAUGUACAGAGACCUGGUCCCCCUGGGAUGGUAUUGAAGGCUAGCCGAUAAGGCGCAGCCGCGCUGGAGGCAAAUCAUUAAUGGUUCUUACUAUAUUGCUCUAUUCCAACUACAGGCAACAUAUGUUGUUUUGCCAUCAAAGUGUCUUCAUGUCAUCAAUGUUCUUUCUGCUCCUUUCCUUCACCACUAUGACGUGUCUUUGUAAGCUUUGGUUCAACUUGCAAACUCACUAAGAACCUUUUCCAAGUUUGUCACUGACUAGUCACCUCUGUCUUCUCAGGCUGGACUAAAAUAUAUUUCAUUAAUCAGCAUAUUGUCUGGACUGUAGAGCCACACCCACUAAACUUUAGAAGAAAACAUAGUUUUCUAUAAGCUGCAGAUAUAUACUUUGCGAACUGAGGUAUUUACACAGAAAUAUUCUGUAAAUGUUUAUUUACGUGUUUCCAAACGGUGUCUGUAAGACGGCUGAUCAAACAUAACACAAGUCCUGGACCCACUAUUUCUACUGAAUAUGAAGCAAGGACCGCAGUCGUGACUUAAACCUCCCAAGGGCUCCAAAUAAACCAAUAGCACACUUAAGCCUUCACAAUAAGAUCCCUGUGCGUUACUUCCUUUCUGACUGAGCUAACAAAAUAAGUGUCUUGGAAUGUGGUGUGCGGAUCGAUACCAGGGGCCAUAUUUAGCAAGCUUCUUAGAAUUACUCCUAAGAAGUCUGCUAAGAGUUGAUUUAAGAGUAAAUAAAUUCUUCGCUGAAAGCUGCACUUAAAAUUUAGUUAUCAAGUGUCUUACUCACACUUUCAGCGAAGUGUAGGACUGAAUCUUAAGUGUCACACUCAGAGCUGAAUUACGACAUUACUAUGUGCCGUAAACGGUAUUUUAGGUGACGUAAUUUCUGUGUCCAUAGAAAUGACCAAUCACGGAAGGGAAUCCCUUGUCUAAGAAUAAAGAAAUAUCUUAGAAAUAUUUAAGUGGACAAUGGGAGUGUAUAUUUUGACAAUAAACUACAAAAUAAUACAAAACAAACAAUAUUGGCAAUGAAUCAAAAAUAAAUGUUUUCUUUUUGUUGCACCUUUCCUGCUUCCUGUUCCCAGACCGUAGUCGAAGAGUGCAGGGGAGACACUUCUCCAGGGCCAAUGUAUGCUCGGGGCAACACCCUUCACUUUACCCGGCAGUGGGUCUCCACAGCGGACGACUUUAGAGUGAAUGAUGAGUCCGGCGAUUAGUUGCAAAUCUUGCUUUAUUGAUUGCUUGCACACAGCCAAUCCAACACAAAACAAACUAGUCCCGCCCGCACUCACGCUACCGCUCCCUCUCUUCUCUCGCCCACACACUCACUGACGUCACUCACCUCACAUGCUGUCACCUAUUAAAGGGCCACACACACACAUACGUUACUCCUCAUAACAUUUUCUUUCCAAUUCAUUAAUUACCGUAGGCAACUAACUUGAAACUGGUGUGGGUGGCUCUAUAUAUAUACUAGCCCACUGCAGCCACAUGCAGAAAUCAACAUGGAAUCGAAAAUUAUUAAAUCUGUGACAAAAAUAAUACCCGCUCUUUCUAAACGAUACCGUUUGAUCAGCUGCUCGUCAUCAAACAAAGCCAGGACAUCCUUCCGCUCCCAGAACGUUGGCGCACGUCUCUCUCGCCUCAGUGCCAUCCCCCGCUGGCAACUCCUAACCACUUAAGACACCUCUGAAGGUCUCUUAAAUAUCGUGGAGAGUAGGAGUGAUUCUUAGACUUAAGAAAGUUGAUAAAUAGCUUUUAUUCUUAAGUUUGAGAGUAGGACUAAAUUUCGCAAAUUCUUAGGACUUAAGUGUAAAAUGGCACUCUAAGACGCUUGAUAAAUACAGGCACAGAUCUUUAUGCUCUGAUAUCCUUUCUUAAAUCAAAAAUAUAGACACUUUUGAUAAAUUUGUUUGGGGGUUCCCUAACUUUUUCCACCAAGGGCUGCACAGUUAAAGGUCAAAGAAUGCGAGGGCCCUAUUGAAAUGUUGAAUUACAAAAAAUGCUAAAAGCAGAUUGUUUCAGGUUUGUAUUAGAAGUGACUGAUUACAUUAUUAUUAAUUAUUAGUUGGAACAUUUCAGUUUAGGGUUAACCCAUAACCUAGUGUCAACAAUUCAUUAUUAAUGUUCAGUUACAUAUUUAGCAAUGUUCAUUGUUGUCAUUUUUCAAAUUGAUUACUUUGUAAGUUUGUAUUUAAUAUUUUGAUUAACUAACUAAACGUUCUCCUCUCUGAGCUGCCACCUUACCUAGGUGAGGGAUCAGACAAAGAGCAGCUCGAAGACCUCAAUGAAAAAUAAAACCUAUGGACCCAGAUUUCCCUCGCCCGGACGCGGGUCACCGGGGCCCCCCUCUGGAGCCAGGCCCGGAGGUGGGGCACGAUGGCGAGCGCCUGGUGGCCAGGCCUGCUCAGAGAGUACGGGGUAUCGGACUGUCUGAUUGUGGCGGUCCGCUCCCUGUAUGAUCAGUGCCAGAGUUUGGUCCGCAUUGCCGGCAGGAAGUCGGACACGUUUCCAGUGAGGGUUGGACUCCGCCAAGGCUGCCCUUUGUCACCCAUUCUGUUCAUAACUUUUAUGGACAGAAUUUCUAGGCGCAGUCAAGGCGUUGAGGGGAUCUGGUUUGGUGGCUGCAGGAUUAGGUCUCUGCUUUUUGCAGAUGAUGUGGUCCUGACGGCUUCAUCUGGCCAGGAUCUUCAGCUCUCGCUGGAUCGGUUCGCAGCUGAGUGUGAAGUGACUGGGAUGAGAAUCAGCACCUCCAAGUCCGAAUCCAUGGUUCUCGCCCGGAAAAGGGUGGAGUGCCAUCUCCGGGUUGCGGAGGAGACCCUGCCCCAAGUGGAGGAGUUCAAGUACCUCGGAGUCUUGUUCACGAGUGAGGGAAGAGUGGAUCGUGAGAUCGACAGGCGGAUCGGUGCGGCGUCUUCAGUAAUGCGGACGCUGUAUCGAUCCGUUGUGGUGAAGAAGGAGCUGAGCCGGAAGGCAAAGCUCUCAAUUUACCGGUCGAUCUAUGUUCCCAUCCUCACCUAUGGUCAUGAGCUUUGGGUUAUGACCGAAAGGACAAGAUCACGGGUACAAGCGGCCCAAAUGAGUUUCCUCCGCCGGGUGGUGGGUCUCUCCCUUAGAGAUAGGGUGAGAAGCUCUGCCAUCCGGGGGGAGCUCAAAGUAAAGACGCUGCUCCUCCACAUGGAGAGGAGCCAGAUGAGGUGGUUCGGGCAUCUGGUCAGGAGGCCACCCGAACGCCUCCCUAGGGAGGUGUUUAGGGCACGUCCGACCGGUAGGAGGCCACGGGGAAGACCCAGGACACGUUGGGAAGACUAUGUCUCCCGGCUGGCCUGGGAACGCCUCGGGAUCCCCUGGGAGGAGCUGGACGAAGUGGCUGGGGAGAGGGAAGUCUGGGCUUCCCUGCUUAGGCUGCUGCCCCCGCGACCCGACCUCGGAUAAGCGGAAGAAGAUGGAUGGAUGGAAUAACUAAACGUUUAUAUUUUAAGUUUUUUUUUUUUAUUCUGAGAGCUUAAUAUUUUAGACCAGGGGUGUCAAAACUUGUUUAGUUUAUAAAAAAAAAAGAAACUGGUAUAUUUUUUUUACUUAUCGGUAUCAGUGAUACCAGUCUGCAUUUUAGAAAUAAAAUAAAAUGAGUGAUGUUAAAGGCUUACAUGUUUACAGAAAUAAUACUUACAUGCCAUUUAAUGACACUUUUCAAUAACAAUUCCUUUUUUCAAAAUGACCCUUUGGAGUUUGAAUAGACUGUAGUGUGAAUGUAAAGUUAAAGUGUAAGAAAAAGGAGACGUGCAGCUGAAAGAAAGAAGCAUAAUGCCCAGCCCUGAUCACUAACAUCUUUUAUUCUGCUGUCUUUCACCAUGUUGGUUGUUCAUGUUUGCAUCCAUGUCUGUCUCCUCUACUCUUGUCUUUCUACUCAAUGUUGAUUCUCUUCACAUAGGACAUAUUAGUGCAGUAAUGAUAAUGGUGGGCAAUGUUUGUUUUGUUGGAACUCCCAAAUGA